GAGCUCGACAAUUAAAUGCUACAGUGUAAGAUGGUGGGUGAGCGCUGCAGUGCUUAGAGCACCCUAGUACAGUGGUAAGGUUUGCAUCACGUACAAACUGAUAGUCACGCUUCAGCCUGCCACACAUGUCUCUCUUCCCCAGAGGGGUACUUUUUCGUAGAGCCAAGUAAUUGAUGCCAAUGUAUAUCAGACGCUUGGUCUCUGGCGGUAAAGCACGCCUUAUAGACGAUGAGCUCGGAACAGAUCUCGAUUUAGUCUACGUGACGAGCCAAAUCAUCGUCAUGGGUUUUCCGGCGACAGGACUGGAAAGUAUCUACCGCAAUCGUCGAGCUGACGUUCAGCGAUUCCUCUCUGCGCGACACGGUCAAGACUUCUGGGUAUUCAACUUCUGCCCGAUCUCAGAAAAUUCAUACGACGAGGGCGUGUUUGACGGUAGAGUGAGCAGAUACCCUUUCCCAGAUCACAACGUCCCACCGUUCUCAUACAUGUCGUUGGUAACGAGAGAGAUAGGCGCGUGGCUCUCCGGCUCAGACGCCAGAGUGGCGGUGUUACACUGUAAAGCUGGGAAAGGCCGCUCUGGUACCAUGGCUUGUGCAUACCUUCUAGUGUGUUCGCUAUCACCUGCAAUACCAGAACUCGACGCGCGACGUACCCUCCGUGUUGCCGACCUCGUCCGAGACGGUGACACCCUUGAGCCGAGCUCAUCGACACUCGAAGACGCAGAAGUGAAGUCUGUUCAGGCGGCGACAGAUAGUUGGCAUCAAAAGCAGAGUGAUAUGCCAAGAGACUGGACCAUGGUACGCACCGUGUCGGAGUCCCCCAGACACAGGUUCGAACAGGUCCUUGACUUGUAUACUAUACGUCGCAUGAAACCCGCUGUCCAGCAGCUUCCGGUACACAAACAGAAACGGGGCGUGAGCAUACCGAGUCAGCAACGGUGGCUACGCUACUGGUCACAAUCCCUGGCCACAGAUGGGAGCACAUCAUCCGGCACGGAAGGAACCCUGGAACUACGCAAAUACGACUGCAGGAAGGUCAGGAUCACGCGAGUGGUAGUUCGAAUGCGAGAGUUGUCGGGUAUACAACCCAGUCUCGUUCAGGCAGUGAGCAUGGUACAGCAGGCGACCAACAUACGAAGCUCCGAGGCGGCCUCGAGCGGUCGCGUCUGGGCGUCGCUCGCGCGCUACGACGAUGAUCUAGUGGGGCAGCUUGCGGAGCUGUCACCACGUCAGUCGUCAGAGUCUCCACGUACUUUCGAAGAUGGUAAAUGGGAUAGGGGGAAGAUGGUACGAAAAUUCGCCACCAUGUCUACUGGAGCUGUGGAAGUGUCUGGAGAUGGGAGUAUGGGCGCACGACUAUUUAGCUUCGCAUUGAUUUCAUCGCCCGGCGAAGGUUGGACGGAUCUAUUUUCCCAAAAUUUCCAUCAUCCGCAGCAAGGCAGUACCCCCCUGGCGGCGUCAUCCCUGGAUUCUCUAUCGUACUCUGUUAUUCACCCAUCAUCAUCAAAUAUAGGGUGUGAGAAUGAUAGCGGUGGAAUCAUUGUCCACGCGAACCGGGAAUUACGACUCAAAAUCUUUUGGGGACGGGCAACGCUCGGCUGGAUCUGGUUUAUCCCGGCGUUUCAUAUUUGCCCUGAGGCAGCAUCUUCUGUUGUGGUGUUUACGCGUCCCGAGGUUGACUUUGCUAUGGGGAUGGGAAAGUCACUGGUCGACGUGAACAUUUCAAUAGCCUCGUGCACCGAUUGACCAGCAAGUGUGUGUCCAUGAGAAAAACAUCGUGCUUUCUCUUUAUGGUACGAGAAUAUCCAUUCGUUGGGGCGGGAAUGUUUGCGGUGGGACGGCUAACGUGUACUUUUAUUGGUUCCACUUAUCUAUUCAAUUGGGU